AUGGCUGUGCGAAAUAGCUCUUCAACACGGUUAAGCGCAAGAGACAAGGCGCGGCAAUGGCUCACCAAAGGAGGACUGGUUCGUGAAGAUUCGGACGAUGAGCUGGGAUACGACGACCUUCCUUGGGAAUGGAUAUAUGAGACCGAUACGAGUGAAGAUAAAGAGAACAAAGCUCAAGCACCAGCAACCGAAGAAGAUGACCGCGAAUCUCAGACUCCCCGACGACGUUCCGUCCGGCCGAACAAUAAAAAAAGGAAAGUUCUGGGCGCUCGUAUGGGUUCCUUCGAGUGCAGACUGGGCCAUGUGGUGCUUUUGAAAUCCCCUGAAGCAGGAAAGGAUUGGGUAGGGAUUAUCACCGAAUUUCUUGAAGAGGAAGACAAAGACGACGAGGAAAUGAUCAAAUCAGCCAACAUUAUGUGGUUUGCUUCGCCGGAGGAGUUCCUGUCGACAAAAAACAAAAAGCGAGCAGAUGCUCUUCCCAAUGAGCAAUAUUUGACAGCAGACUUCAAUGUGAAUCCUCUUACUUCAAUUAACGGCAGAGGGAGAGUCAUGUCGAAAGAUGCUUUUUAUGCAAGAUAUCCGAACGGAGCACCGCCAAAAGACAAGGCGGAAUUGGCGGAAUACCAGAAGUGCAUUGUCUGUCGAAGAGGCGUCAACCAAUCGCAAGGAAAAUAUACCGAAGAGUUCCUCUGGGAAGACGUGUACAAGGGAGAUGAAGAGAGUGUGUUCAAGUUGAUCGAGAUGAUCAAGGUGGGCCUCAAAACGGCCAAAAAGCGUAAAGCUGCGGACGAAGACUAUGUCGAUAUGAAAGAUGUGGAUGAUAAAGCUCCCAUCACUCCGAGAAAGAAACGGCGUACAACUGCCCUCCAAGUUACACCUCAGUCUAAACGCAAAAUCUUAACCACGCCGACUAGCAAACGAAUUGUGGUGAAAAAGCCACUUGAGUUUACGCCCCUCGGGACUCGUGUCCUCGAUCCAUCGCAUUUUGUUUCUUCACCAUACCGUCAAGCACGAGCUUUGCUGCAUGUAUCUAGUGUGCCGGCCUCGCUGCCUUGCCGCAGUGCCGAAUUUGAAACCGUCUAUACACACCUUAGUGCUGCAAUCAGCGAGGGUAGUGGUACUUGCAUAUACAUAUCAGGGACACCGGGAACAGGCAAGACAGCUACUGUUAGAGAAGUGAUUGCUCAAUUGAACAAUGCAGUGCUUGAUGAAGAAAUGGAUGACUUCAUCUUCGUGGAAAUCAAUGGUAUGAAAGUGACCGAUCCUCAUCAGUCCUACUCUCUUCUAUGGGAAGCAUUAAAAGGCGACCGUGUAUCACCAUCGCAUGCACUCGAUCUUCUAGAAAGAGAAUUCAGUCAUCCAUCUCCGCGCCGAGUCCCAUGCGUCGUGUUGAUGGAUGAGCUCGAUCAACUCGUGACGAAAAACCAAUCUGUCAUGUACAACUUUUUCAACUGGCCUGCCCUUCGUCACUCACGACUCAUCGUCCUUGCUGUUGCUAACACUAUGGACCUGCCGGAAAGAACGCUUAGCAACAAGAUCUCAAGUCGUCUAGGCCUCACUCGCAUUACUUUCCCGGGUUAUAAACACACGGAUCUCAUGGAGAUUAUUUCCUCUCGACUCACCAAUGUCCCGGGCAACAUAGUGGACGCCGAUGCCAUCCAGUUUGCCAGCCGGAAAGUUGCCGCUGUUAGUGGAGACGCUCGACGAGCGCUAGAUAUCUGUCGUCGUGCUGUCGAGAUUGCAGAACAAGAAUGCGAAUCAUCUGCCACAAACAAUGCCAUCGACGAUACAGAAUCUCUUCCCCCAACACCAAGCAAGAGCAGCGUACGCAGGAGCAGAAGUCUGAAGAACAAUAGCAAGACACACGAGACCGUCGUGAAAAUAGAGACUCCCCAAAAGAAGCCCGCACAGAAACUUCCACGUGUAACGAUCUCUACUAUAAAACAGGCCAUUCAAGAAGCAACAUCAACUCCCUUACAGCAAUCUCUACGCUGUCUUCCGCUGGCCGGAAAGCUAUUCCUCGCCGCUCUCCUUGCUCGAGUCCGUCGAACGGGCAUAUCCGAGUCUACAAUGGGCGACGUACUCGAUGAGGCGCGACGCAUUGCCGAUGCAGCGGUGGCAAUUGCGGGGAUUUCAGGUGCUAGUAUCAAAGACUUCCUACUCGGAAGGGACAAUCCUCGCGCAAGGAUGCAAGCUAUGGUGUUUGCUGCCAUGGAACUCAUGAAUUCGGGUGUUGUGGCUCUUGAGACUGGAGUUGGAAUUAGGGUUAGGGGGGGCGGAGAUAGGAGCGGCAAAGUAAGACUUCGAGUGGCCGCUGAAGAAGUCAAGUCCGCGUUCAGAGAUGAUAUUGAGGCCAAGGGAUUAGGACUGGGCUUUGAUCAAUAG